AAGUCACUGAUGAGGGAAACAUUCCCAAAAUACAGGGGAUUUGAAAUAUUCAUAUAAACUGUGUGUCUGUGUUAGAUUCUUUGUUUCGCCAGAUGUAGAGACUUAUUGCACCAGGUAACUGUGCUGCAAUUAGCAAGCAGACUGGAGACGUUCUGACUUCAGGCAGAAACUAAAUCCUUCAGCAGAGUCCCAGAACUUCAUUAGAUUAAGAAAAGCAGCCAGCAGGUACAACACAAUGAAAUAUCAGCUGCUGCUUCUUUCUCUUCUGGCAGCAAUUAGCUUUGAUCAUGCUACAGGAGAUAAUAAGAUAAAAGUUCAGGAGACUGCAGAUGGAAUCAAGCUGUCUUGUGAUGGCAAUCUUAUGGUCACAGGAAAUGGCAAGAACGGGACAGAAAUGACAUUGUCUUACCGUGAUGAUGAAUCUGGAGAAUACACUUGUGAUGACGACUCACAAAUCUACGUAAAAUUUCGGACGUGCGACAACUGUAUAGAACUUGAUACCUCCUCUAUUGUGAGCCUGGCAGUAGGAGACAUUGUGGCUACUGUUGUGGUUGGAGUAGCUGUCUAUCUCAUUGCUUCUCAAGCUCGGACUGGUCAAGUUAAACCCACCAAGAAAAGGUCUGACAAACAAAAUCUGAUUCAUAAUGAAGCGCCCAAUGACCCCAGCUACCAGCCACUGAAGUACAAGAGAGGAAGAGAUGAAUAUGAUGUACUCAACAGAAAGUAGAACGGAGGUCCGUGCUAACUCUCGACUGCAAGCAAACUUCUACUGGAGGAAACAUCCGGCUCUGCUUCCUGAGUCUCCAUCAGGACAGUGUGAUAUGUGUACAGCCUGUUCUGUCCUCAACUGAUGUAAUUCGCUGUGUUUGGUAUUGUCUUUGAAAACAAUUUCUAUUUGUCAUUUAUGACGCUAUGAACAUGAGUCUAUUUCUGACCCUUUGGAUGAACUCAGUAUGUCAGCUAAUGUAAAAUAUUUCAUUCCAUGUUGAUUUUUGUAACUGAUGAAAAGCUUCUUAAGUUACAUUCAUGUUUCAAAGGUGAAAAGUUGAUAAAUUGGAACAUUUGAAAUCAAGUAAAUAUUUGUUGCUGGCCAAAGAAAGUGUACUAUUAUUGCUUUGUUUUAAACAUAUUUCAGUUGUUUAUUAUUAGACUGAAAGUUUUAAACUGGCUCAUUUAUGUUACAUUAUCUAUUCUUGUUUUAUUGCAUGUUUUACAAUACUUUGUUUUUUUCACAUUUUUGUUUCCUCAUGAAAGAUCAACAAAAAUAAUGCAUGAUUGUGGAAGGAAAAUUAUUGAUGUUUUUCAAAAAUAUUUUUACAAAUAAAAUUGUGUAUUUGUAUGCAGUCUUGCUGAGUCCAUACUUUGUAGAAUUAUCUUAUCCUGAGGUUUUAUCUACAAAUGUAUUUUGGUAUGUCUCCACCAGCUAGAAAGUAAAGUGGUUUGUCAUGUCGUGGAAGGUUUACUGAUGGGUUGAAAUCAUCCAGUUCUUGUAUGAUGGAUUGAAAAUGUUCUUUAAAAUUGUGAAAGCUUGGUUUUUUAUUGAGACUUUUCCAAAACUUUAUCCCUGAUCUGUCUGCUUCCCAAUCCCUCCCUCAAUUAGGAUAUUUUUUCAUUGUAUUGAAGAAACAAACUUCUAAUUGUUGAAUCUAUUCCUUUUAUCUGCAUAUAUAGUGUAUUAAACCAUAGUGCUUCAAACUAUGAA